AGAUCUCUGCCAUUGUUCUUUUUCUUGAAGUCUGGAAAAGGGACUGGACGGGACGGCGCUGGUCGGCUAUCGGACGGCGGGUCUGUCGUUAUGACGGGCUCCGGUCCGAAGCUUGGCGUGCUGCUGCUGCUGGCGGUUCUGCUGCAGACUGUGGUCGUCACCAUCACCGUGCUGCACUUCACCACCGCUCUCAACUCGAUGAAGGAGACGUUUGCCAGGAGCAGCGUUUCUUGUCUGACGGGCGCCGACCUACAGAGCAUCACGGCUGUACGUGGGGAUCCAUGCUGGCAGGUCACUCAGCAGCUUCACCUGCUCAUAGAAAAGUCUCUGUCUCAGCGUUACCAGAGGCAGAUUUCAUCGGCAGUCAGAGAUGAAGUGUCUCGGGUGCUGCCCUCACUUGUGAUGGUGGACAGGGCUUCACCUCGCCCAAAAGUCGCAGCCCAUGUCACUGGCAGCUUUGUGCCCAAACUGGAGCAGGAGGGAGGAGCUCCCGUCUCUGCUGGACGUCGGGUUCAGGGCCAGAAGAUUUUGUGGUGGGAGGGGCAGAAGGGGCUGGCCUUCCUACAGGACGUCCAGCUGGUGGACGGCGAGCUGGUGGUCCCGCAGCCCGGCCUCUACUACGUCUACGCCCAGACCUACUUCAGACACACCCAUUCCCUGGAGGAGGAGGCAGAGGAGGGUGAGGAGGCGGGGGACAGAGGGAGGCCGCUGCUUCAAUACGUCUAUAAAAAGAUGAGCUCCUACCCGGUUCCCAUCCUGCUGAUGAAGACGAGCCGGACCUCCUGCUGGUCUCGGGACUCCCAAUUUUCUCUGCACUCCGCUCACCAGGGGGGGCUGUUCCCGCUGAGCACCGGCGACCGGCUGUUUGUCACUGUGACCAACGCCUCUGCGGUGGACAUGGAUGAGAAAAGCAGCUUCUUUGGGGCGUUUCUCAUCAGCUAGACGGAGAGCUGCAGGACUCAGGACCCGACCGAUGGAUCAAUAAGCUCGUCACAUUUUUUCACUUUUUUGACGGAUGAUCUGUUUGGUCAAACAUCGCGGAUCCUCAAGACUUCUUCUGUGAACCCAAAAAAAGGGGGGAAAAAACUGUGACUCAUUGGGAAGUCUGAUUUUCUUCUUUUCAGGAUCACAAAUCAAGAGCAUCCAAACAAGGGUUUUGUGGACAGAGAAGAUAUGUGGAUUUGAAUUCUAAUCAAAAUCAAGAAAUCUUUGUUUUUCUGUAUAUAAAAUUAGUGGGCAUGGUAUUAAGAGUUUACAGUUUCUAUUAUCUGUUUAAGGCAGAAGUAGAACAAUUUUAGAGGGCUGCAGUUUCCUGUUUUAAAUUUACAAACUUGUCUUCAGACAAUGACAAAUACUUUGGACCAAAUGUUCCAAAAAAAUAUCGACCCUCAUUUUUUAACAACGGCGUAUUAAUAAAUGCCAAAGGUUAGCCAACAUAUGCCAAAGUUAAACCCUGAUGUAAUUUCCCUCAGUUGCAUUUUCUUUAUGUUUAGCACUCCAGAAAACGCCCUCGGACUUAUGAUUCAUGUCUGCUUUUCAUCCAUUGUUUAUUACCGGAAACUUGGUAAAUCAUUCGAGCAUUCAUGCACAAAAACUCAAAAUAAAACGCAUUCAGUGAGUCGAGUCGCCCCCCGGUGGCUGUUAGAGAAAAUGCAGGUUUGAGAAAAUUCUCAUUGGCUCCAUUCUUCAGACCUGGAGGCUAAACCACUUCUUACACACGAUCUGUGAGAUGCACACAUGAAAAGCUCUUGAUUUAGUAGUUAUACCUUUGUAUGCAUCGCUCAUUAUGCAGUUGGAUGUAUUUUUAGCUGAUUAGUCAUUUCUGAAAAAUGGGAGACUGCCUUUAAAAAAAAGAAUGUUGUAUGAAACUGUUUUGUGAUUAUCUGAGUUCACCUUCAUAGAUGUGAAGUGAGUCUGUUGAUGUGUGUUUGUGCAAAGAUGUAAAUAUUUUGCCAUGUUUUGUAUUUUUCUUAUUUUAAUAAGCCUGCAAAUUUUGGGUGUGGAAUAUUAAGUGAGUUUUCUUCUGCUCUUAAAUUGUACUCAGUUAGACGUGAGAUUACAAAGAUGGAUGACCAACAAGCCUUUCAGAAUUUCAGAAGAGUUGUUGCCUAUGGUGUAACAUCAUCACCCUGUAUGAAUUGUACAGUACACUUUUCUAACACUGCUUUGAAUUAUCAGGCUGUGUGCUGUGUUUUUGUUGGCAGCAGCACCGCGGUUGCUCCUUCAGCCGCCUGUCUUCCAGCAUGUCCAUCAUAACUGUUUUCCAAACCGUGCAUUAAACGCUCCCUAGCGGCCGUAGCCUUGGGCAUUCAUGUCAUGUUGGAUUAACUGCAGAAUUUACAUUAAAAACACACUUGGUUAAACAUCUGAGCACAUUAGCGUCCAACAGAAAAAAAAUGCGCGAACUGAAAUGACCAGAUCAAUUUGAGCUAAUGAGACUGUUUGAUGUUAAAAGUUUAUUCUUAGGAGAAAAUAGUUUGAAAACUGAAACCCUUCUUUUAUAAAUAAGAAAAUAAAGCUCCAACUCAUGCCCAAAUCAACUGAUAAAGUAACAAUUGAAGAACUUCAGACCAUUGCAUAAGCACGUUUCUGUAUCAAGGCCACAUGAGGACAGCUAAGCAGAUAUACCAACGGCUGAUUGAAGCUCUCAUGUGUCUGAGAGCUCCAGAGAAACCUUCAGACUACUUUUUCCAAGGCUGAAACCAACGUUUAAUUCACAUCUUUAUCCCGCUCAAUUUAAGAAGAGCAAAAAAAGUUCUUCAGAUUUUUUUUGGUGUGUGCCUUGAAUGCAGCAUUCACUGUAGCACUCCACUCAUGUAAAUAACUACACUUUUAACUUUUGCAUCCUAAUUCUCUUUUGUUUUGUUUUCUGAAUGUACACUUAAAAAAAUGUUCUUUUAGUGUUGAAAUCCACAAACAUUGCUGUGGGAGAUGCACACUCAGGGACCAAUCAGUGUGCUAGAAUUUGCAGUUGAAAUGCCUUAUUCUCCUGGGUAUAGAUGUAAUGACAUAAAUCUGUGUUGACGUCGACUCUUUGUCACCUGGAUGUAAACAUUAGUUUAAGAGGUGAAAGUAUUCAGUACCUUCUGGACAGCAUCUAUGAGGAGUGAGCCAAACCCUUCAUCUGCAGUCUUCAAACUUUAAUCACCUGAAAAGCAACAAAAAAAAAAGUAAACGGCUUGUUAUACAGUUUAAAUAGUUUUCCCCAUUGAACAACCUAAAUGUGAAUGUAAAUAAACAGGUGGUUAUGUCUGUAAAUAUCUGAAAUAAAGAUACUGAAGAAAAUACA